AUGAUAACAGAAGACAACCUUUUACCUACCUUAAUGGCUUUGGUGGUGAGCGAGAACACGGUUAACGGAGAUCAUUCGGAUGCACAUCAAAGCACUUUUUCGCACAGCAGUAAAGAAGGUUCACCAACGAAAGAUCGUUCGACGGAAGAAUCACCGAAAAAGGAUAAGAAAAAGAAAAAGGGAUUAAGGACUCCGUCACACUGCCAAUGA